AAAAAAAAAAAACUCCCCAUUACGGUCUUAUCUUACCCCUUUCAUUUUUAAUUUCGAUUUUUCCAAGGCUUACAAGGAAAAAAAAUAAAAAUUUCCAGAAUUUAUUAAAUUUUAUAUAUAAAAAGGAAAACCCACCAUAAAAGAUUCCAAGAAAUUGAGUCUUUUGAUGAAUUCAUCAGCAGUGUAUUUCGUUUUGUUUGGUUCCUCGGAAAUCUAAAAUGCGAAGAAACGAGUGUUUCGUGUUAUGAAUCGAGCUUUUUAAACGGUGAAGAAAACGAGUAGAAGGAGAGAGAAUUUUGUUUUGGAAGAUAGAAAUUGAAGGGUUUGGGGGAACAGAUCAGAGAAAUGGCGGGAGAGAAGAGGAGAUUCACGAUUGGUUACGCGCUUUUGCCGAAGAAAGAGAACAGUUUCAUUCGAGAAUCUUUGGUGAACCUGGCGAAAUCACGAGGAGUGGAUCUGGUUAAGAUCGAUAGGGAGCGUUCUUUGGUCGAUCAAGGGCCGUUCGAUUGCGUACUCCACAAGUUGUACGGUGAGGAUUGGAAGAUCCAGCUCGCGGAUUUCCGUUCUCGAAACCCUAAUGCCGUAAUCGUCGAUUCUCCCGACGCGAUUGAGCGGCUCCACAACAGGAUUUCGAUGCUGCAGGUGGUGUCCGAACUGAAGAUCGAGAAUCAAAGCGAAACAUUUGGGAUCCCUAAACAGAUUGUGAUUUACGACCAAGAAACCCUAUUCGAUAACCAAGCUUGGGAGUUGCUUAAGUUUCCAGUGAUUGCGAAGCCGUUGGUGGCUGAUGGAAGCGCCAAAUCUCACAAAAUGACUCUGGUUUUUAACCGCGACGGGUUGAACAAGCUCAAGCCCCCUAUUGUAUUGCAGGAGUUUGUUAACCAUGGAGGGGUUAUUUUCAAGGUUUACGUGGCUGGGGAAUAUGUGCAAUGUGUUAAAAGGAAGUCAUUACCGGAUGUUUCGGAAGAAAAAUUGAAGAGCUUGGAAGGUUCUCUACGGUUUUCUCAAGUUUCCAAUUUGCCCACUCACGAGAAAAGCGAUGAUACGUAUUAUAAGAUGAUGAAUUUGGAGGAUACCGAAUUGCCACCACAGAUUUUCAUGACAGAUAUUGCAAAGGGUUUGAGGAAGGCGAUGAAAUUGAAUUUGUUUAACUUUGAUGUGAUAAGAGAUACCCGGUUCGGAAAUCGUUAUCUUAUCAUUGACAUUAACUAUUUUCCGGGCUAUGCAAAAAUGCCAGGGUAUGAAACAGUUUUAACUGAUUUCUUUUGCGAUAUAAUGAUUCUGAAAGAAAGGGAAAAGGGUUUGCUUGAAGAAUGUAGCCAGAAGAAAAUGGCAGGCACUGAUGGAAGGCAGCUUCUUAACUGCGAGGAAGAAGUGAGGAAAACUGUGACCAAUUCCGGCUGUAGCGACGGGGAAGAGAAGGAGAACUCGAUUCAAGUCUGACUAAAAAUUGUAGGGAAAUUUGAUGAGAAAGGUGUAGCUUGAUUUGUUUUCAUAGCUGGUUGUUUUGGAGGGUCGUUGCAAUUGUACAAGGAUUGGAACCCUGGUGCUGGCUAAUGGAGGCAAAGUAAGUUGCACACUAUUCCAUUGUUAGGCAUUGGUUCAUACAGGGGGUGACAAUAAGUAGGUUGGGUACUUUGAGAUUAGUUGUAGCCUCUUGACAAAAAUUACAUGGUGUUUCAGUGUUAAUCAUGUAUAUUCUGUCCGCCGUUGCUUUGGAGAUAGGUACUUCUCAAAAUACUUUGACGUUUUAGGGAAAUUUAAGUUGUACUUUGAGGCUUUCAAGUGUUCUUUUGCUUAGCAACUGUUAUAGUUUUCACCUUGACAAGUUUUAAUCAGUGGAUUUUUCCAUAUUUCCAAUGAUAGUUUCAUUUUGAUUUUCUUGCUUUUUGUCAA